AUGAAAAACAUUACAGGCGGCCAUGGAAAAUACCCUAUUGAGAGUUGCAUUGUUCUUCCUCCUAAGAUCAGCUCCGCUGGCUUGUUGAGGGAAUUUGAUGAUAAGAAUUAUAAAUGGCUUGAUUAUGCAUCUCCAAGACUUCAAUUGAUCAUAGUUUUGAUCUUUGUCAUCACUCAAGGCUUUCAUUCUGUGCUCAAACAUUUAGGCCUACCACUCAUAACCUCCCAGAUCAUUGCUGGUGUAUUAUUAUCUGAAGCAAUAUUUCCAAAACAAUGGUCAGAUAUUCUGAUGUCUCAAGACAAUGUACAAUUGCUUGGCACCAUAGGGGAGUUUGGCUAUACAUUUUUUAUGUUUCUGAGUGGAGUGAAAAUGGAUACGAGCAUGGUAACCAGCGGGGGAGCAAAGCCUUGUUAUCUGGCUUUUUUAACGGUCGUCGUGCCGAUGAUAUACGCUGUGUCAAGCAUAGUAAUAUCGAGCAACAAGCACAAAGAAUUAACCAGCAUCUUGAGCAUUUCACCAAUGUUUUAUAGGACAUGCUUUCCAGUCAUUCACUGCCUUCUCACAGAACUGAAAAUCCUCAACUCAGAACUUGGCAGACUCGCACACUCAACCGCGAUUAUUGCUGACUUCUUUAGUUUUAUUUGUGUACUUGGCGUCUCUGUUGCUUUAGGAACAAGUCAAGGAAUUCCUACAGCCCUCUCUGGUGAAGUAAGAAUUGUAUUGUUCUUCAUUUUAAUUGCUAUGAUUGUGCUUCGACCAGCAAUGCUGUUGAUGGUGAAAUUAACCCCUGAAGGGCAGCAGGUUAACCAAACUUGCAUUUAUUCAAUAAUAGGGCUGUUUCUGAUCAGUAUGAGGCUUAUUCCCGAUGUGUUUAAGAAGUUUUACCUGUUGGUGAUUUAUGUUCUUGGUUUGGCUGUCCCACAUGGACCCCCAUUGGGAUCUGCUCUAGUGGAGAAAUUUGAGUGUAUGAAUUCUAGCUUUUUUGUGCCAAUUUUUGUCACAACAUGUUCCAUGAGAUUACAGAAGUUUACUUUUGAUUUCAGAAACGAAAUGGUAAAAGAGCAUACAGUUAUUGCUACAGAGACUUUAUUGGUAAAAUUUUUGUCAUGUUUGGGGCCAUUGCUCUAUGGGCAAAUGCAUAAACGUGAUGCAUUUGCUCUUGCUCUCAUAUUGAGCGCCAAAGGAAUUGUUGAGCUAGCUGCCUAUACCUUCAUGAGUGAUGGAAAGGCUCUCACUCCAGAAUUAUUCCAGGCAGGACUUUUCUUUCUCACUUUCAGUGCAAGCAUUGUGCCUGCUUUGGUGAGAAAAUUGUAUGACCCUUCACGGAAAUAUGCAGGCUAUCAAAUAAGCAAGAUCAUGGAUGUCAAGCUUGAUGCAGAACUGCAAAUUGUUACUUGCAUUCAUGCUCCAAACAAUGUCACAUCAGUCAUCAACAUGUUGAACAUCUCAUAUCCAACAAAAGGAAGCCCUCUAGCUGUUAGUGUACUUCACCUUGUCAAGCUCAGUGGGGUUGCAGCCCCAAUUUUCCUUUCCCAUCAAAACAGAAGCAAAAGUCUCACUGGUUACUGGUAUUCUGAAAAUGUCAUUCUUUCUUUCAAGAAAUUUGAGGGAAAUCAUUUGGGAGCUGUAACAUUGAAUGCCUUCACAGCUAUCUCUCCACCAGAGUUCAUGUAUGACGAUAUCUGCACUCUUGCACUUGACAAGCUUGCCUCUCUUAUCAUCCUACCAUUUCACAGAACAUGGUACAUUGAUGGCUCACUCGAUUCCCAAGACAACACUAUCAGGAAUCUAAACAUCAGGGUCCUGGAAAAAUCACCUUGUUCCGUAGGAAUCCUCAUCGAUCAUGGCAACAUAAGGCGACCCAUCUAUCCGGAUGCACCAGCAGAAUCAUACUCCAAGAUUGCUAUGCUAUUCUUCGGUGGCAAAGAUGACCGUGAGGCGUUGACACUAGCCAAAAGAAUGGCUGCGAACACCAAAGUCAGGCUUACAAUAGCACAAUUUAUUGCCAAGAAUGAUGAUGGGCAAGUAGACUGGGAAACAACUGUUGAUUCUGAGUUUCUUAACGAUGCUAAGAGCACUGGAUAUACUAGCUACAUUAAGCACAUCGUAAACGAUGGGCGGGAAACUGUGAACAUUGUUCAUUCCAUGGUGAAUGAAUUUGAUCUCAUCAUCGUUGGGAGAAGAUACAACAUUGAAGAUCCACGGACUUCAGGACUCAAAGAGUGGAGUGAGUUUCCAGAGAUUGGAGUCAUGGGAGAUUUGCUUGCUUCAAAAGAUUUAACUGGGAAAUGUUCAGUCUUGGUUGUGCAGCAACAACAUAUAGUUUAA